AUGUCUUUGCGGUCUAAAUUGUGUAAGGAACUCCGAAAUUAUGCUCAGUUGCGGACCAAACCCUGUGGUUCUCUGCCAAUUGCAGGAAGGUUGAGAACCUCGAGGAGCGAUCACAAUUUUGGAGGUCAUGGAUGGAGCAGUCGCAGCCGAGAAGUAUUUCAUUGGGUUUCUCUCACUGGACCAGCUGCCAUCAUUUUGGGGACAUGCUUGACACCUUCCUUAGCUGAAGAUGUUUCAAAUGAAUCAAAUUCCAAGAGCGGUACUGAGAGCACAUAUUAUAGUAGCUUUCAAAAGAUUGAGGAUGGGUCAGUGAUUUCAAAUGAGCAUACAUCAAAAUGGAGAAUUUUCACUGAUAACGGAAGGGAUUACUUUUUAAAUGGGAAUAUCGAGCAAGCUGAGAAAUUCUUUCAAUCUGCAUUACAAGAAGCUAGAGAGGGUUUUGGAGAUACGGAUCCUCAUGUUGCCUCCUCUUGCAAUAACCUGGCUGAGCUGUUUAGAGUAAAAAAGGACUAUGACAAAGCAGAACCAUUGUACUUGGAGGCCAUUGAUAUACUGGAAAAUUAUUUUGGAACAGAAGACGUAAGAGUUGGAGCUGCUCUUCAUAAUCUUGGUCAGUUCUACCUUGUACAGAGAAAAUUAGAAAAAGCUCGUCUUUGCUAUGAGCGGGCGGUGAAGAUAAAGCGGCGUGUAUUAGGAGAAGCACACCCAGAGUAUGCUGAUGCUAUGUACCAUCUCGGGAGUGUUUUGUAUCUCCAAGGGGAAGAGAAGGAUGCCGUGGAUCUAAUUGCAGAUUCUAUAAGAGUACUGGAGGCUGGUGGCCAAGGAGAGUCUGUAGUAUGUGUCCGAAGAACACAGUAUCUCGCUCAGAUGUACACCAAGUCCAAUCGAUUUGCUGAGGCUGAGGCUUUAUUGAGAAAAAUUCUUCAUAUGAUGGAACUAUUAAGGGGGUGGAAAUCUUUGGAUACUGUUCUUGUAGCUGAACGACUUGCAUUGGUCCUUGAAAAAGCAAGUAGAUUAAUGGAAGCAGAAGAAUUAUUAGAGAGAUGUCUUGAUGCUCGGAGAAACUUGCUUCCUGAUGAGCAUAUUCAGAAUGCAGCAAAUAUGCUUUACAUUGCCAGAGUGAAAGUGCGCAUCUCCAAGCAGCUACUGAAGACAAAAGGCUCACAAGUUACGGCUGAGCUGGAUAUGGCAAAACAUCUUUUGCUCAAUUCGAUAAGGGUGGCUCGACUGUGUUUGGAACAGAAAGUAAAAGAAAAGCCCAGUGGCGUACACAGAGGAAAUGAAAAAGAUGCGCAAUCGGCAAUCUUGAUACUGCUUCAAUCACUCAAUGCUCUUGGGACUCUGGAGAUUAUGAUUCAGGAACUUAUGGGCUCAGGGGGGCAUGUUCCUAAGGCCGAGGCUGCUCUUAGUCAAUGUGUAUCUACUUUUAAGGAGUUUGGGUCUGAGUAUUCGAUAUCCGAUACUCCCCAAGUGAAGGCCGAGUAUUUGUUAUGUUUAAAGCAUCUGGAUUACUUGAUAAGCAAUGGGAAGUCAAGCAAAGUCGAAAAUGCAAAAGAAAUAAGAGGUGAAAUUCAGCGUGUCGAAACUGAAUUAGCAAAGAUUGAACAGAGAAGAAGCUAA